GUGACUGAGUGUACCUAAGAUAAACUUGGACCCCAAGGUUCUGAUUUCUGUAUAAAAAUAGGCCAUUGUGACCAAACCCUCCUGCUAUUUCAUGGUUUAGGCCAUUCUGUAAUCCUCAUAAAAAUAUUCAUUAACUCAAUCUGAUAUUCUCAGUUGCCAUGGAUUUCAAAAACGCACUAGUAAUUAGCUCGAAACCAGCCCCCUCCUCCUGCACCAUCAAAAUAAGUCCCACCAGUAUAUCCUGGCCUGUCAUUAGCACCCAGGAUCCUCCAAUGGGCUAUACAGAAAACAACUCAGCUACGUACUUGUCCUCGGGCAAUCCAUGUGUGGAUUUCUUCUACCAUGUAGUCCCUGAUACACCGCGAUCUCAGCUACUUAAGCGUCUGGAAGCCUCAUGGGCUCAUGAUUCUCUUCUCACUCUGAAAUUAAUCUGCAAUCUUCGAGGCGUUAGAGGCACAUGCAAGUCUGAUAAAGAAGGCUUUUUCACUGCUGCCUUGUGGCUUUAUGAAAACCACCCUAAAACCCUUGCUUGUAAUGUGCAGGUUAUUGCCUCUUUUGGCUGCUUUAAGGAUGUGUUUGAGAUCCUGUUCCGGAUACUCCAAGGCCACGAUGCCCGAUCAAGAUUAAAAACUGAGUGGAUAUCCAGAAAGGCACCGAGAGGCAAACGUGCACGGAGGAUGACCAUGGUAUUUUGUUAUCACUCGAGGAGAUGGAGAGAGAACAGAGAUAGCCGAGGUCUCGUGAUGAAAAAGAGGAGAUUGAGGGCUCAGGUGCCCAGAGAAAUAAGAAUUGAAGCAAAUAAGGCCAAAGUGAUGAGAGAAAAGCAAAAGGCUAGAGCUUCGAGGAAGAGGAAACAGCUUGAAUUGUCCAAGAAAAUACAAGAGCUGUACAUCUCUGAUGCAAAUUAUCGGCUAUUGCAUGAUAAAAUUUCAUCCUUUUUUGCAAAUAUGUUGAAGGCAGAUAUGGAAUGCCUUAAUUCAGGUAAAGCAAAGAAUAUCAGUUUAGCAGGAAAGUGGUGUCCUACGAUUGAUUCAUCGUAUGAUAAGCACACUUUAAUAUGUGCUAGCAUUGCCAGAAAAUUAUUUCCACGUGAAUUAUACCCCGAGUAUGAAGGAAUUGAGGAAGCACAAUAUGUUUAUAGAGUUAGAGAUAGGUUGAGGAAACAAGUACUGGUACCUCUGCAUAAGGCACUAAAAUUGCCUGAGGUUUACAUGAGUGCGAAAAAAUGGCAGUCACUUCCUUACAACAGAGUUGCCUCUGUUGCCAUGAAGACUUAUACUGAAAUUUUUGUGGCUCGUGAUAACGAGAGGUUCAAGAAGUAUCUUAAGGAUGUGGAGAAGGGGAAAAAGAAGAUUGCAGCUGGAGCAUUGUUUCCUCAUGACAUAACAAGGUCUUGCGUUCUUGGAAGUGAUGAGGAACGGACAGUUGGAGAGCUGCAAUGGAAAAGAAUGGUGGAUGAUAUGUUACAGAAGGGUAAACUGACAAAUUGUAUUGCAGUUUGUGAUGUUUCUGGGAGUAUGACUGGGACUCCAAUGGCUGUUGCAAUUGCGCUUGGUUUAUUAGUCUCUGAGCUGAGCGCGGAGCCUUGGAAGGGGCAGGUGAUCACGUUUAGCCAUGACCCGGAGCUUCACUUGAUCCAAGGAGAUACUGUCCAAAAAAAGACUCAAUUCAUUAGGUACAUGAAUUGGAAUAUGAAUACUGAUUUUCAGAAGGUUUUUGAUCGAAUAUUGGAGGUAGCCGUGGCUGCCAAGCUGACCGAAGAAGAAAUGAUAAAAAGGUUGUUUGUUUUCAGUGAUAUGGAGUUUGAUAGAGCAUCACUGAAUCCAUGGGAGACUGAUUACAGAGUGAUUCAGAAGAAAUUCAGGGAAAAUGGGUACCAAAAAGUCCCUGAAAUCGUGUUCUGGAACCUCAGGAAUUCAUCUGCAACACCUGUGAAAGCCACACAAAAUGGAGUGGCUAUGCUUAGUGGAUAUUCAAAGAAUUUAAUGAAUCUCUUCCUGGAAGGAGGAGGGAUAAUUAGUCCUGAAAAUGUGAUGGAGGCGGCUGUUUCUGGCUCCGAGUACCAACAACUAGUUGUCUAUGACUGAGAAUAAAUACUUUCAUGUAAUAUAAUGUUCUAAUGUUUUAUGAAAUAAGU